AUGCCCCAGAUCCCUGCCGCCUGCACUGACCUGACCACUGUGCGUCCCCGAUCCCAGCUCCAGUUCUCGGUGCCGCCCGCGGCCCGGCUUUCUGACCUCCCGGGCCUUGACGCCCUGCUCUGCCAUUGUAGAGCAGUGACUGUGGCUCUGCUCUUCCCCAUGGCCAUGGGCUUCAACAAGGGCCAAAAGAUGACCAAGAACAUGAGCAAACUGAGGCACAGCCACCUCCUCGAGCGCCUUACCAAGUACACCAAGUUCAUGUGGGACAUGAUCCGGGAGGUGUGCAGCUUCACCCGUUAUGAGCGGUCGCCCAUGGAGCUGCUCAAGGUCUCCAAGGACAAGCAGGCCCUCAAUUUCAUCAAGAAAAGGGUGGGGACAUACAUCUGUGCCAAGAGGAAGAGAAAGGGGCUGAGCAAUGUCCUGGCCACCAUGAGGAAAGUGGCAGCCAAGAAGGACUGA